AUGGAAGCUGCUGGUGUUGAGAUCUCACAUACUGUGAGCUUGAAGUACAAUGGGAAGAAGCAAUCGAUCCCAGAUAGCUUGAUUGUUCAGGAUGGUCUGGGCCAUGAGUUCUUGAAGGUUGCAGCCACCAAUCAAGUGAUCUUGAGGCUGAUCUGUGGCAAUUCCCAAAAGAAUGCAUCGCUUGCUGGUGGCCAGAGAAUUACAGACCUCAAGCAGCAGAGGAACCAGAAAGCUGGUCUUGCUGCAAGUGAUGGACCAGAUGAAGAAGAGUGGCUUGAUGAAUGUCCAGAUUCUCCACAUGGAGCCUUCAAGAAGAAGCAGAAGGUUGAGAAGGUGGUGACCUUGGACAUCGGUGGUACACAGGUAUCCAUUCUGUGUCCAGCCAAAAGGCUGGCUGCUUCUGACUUGAUGGUGAAGCUGGACACCGCUAUGCUUUAUGCAGUUUUUGAAUUCCUCAAAGAGGAUUGCCAUGAUGAGG